AUGGUGCCCUUUCGUAACUUCCUGGCCAGAAAAUCCGGUGCUUUCAACGGCGCGCAAACCGAGAAUAACAACAAUGAAGACGAGCGCCCUUCCACGGAUAGCCAGCGCGGGACUCCCCUGAGCGUCAGGACGAGCAGCGACAACCCCGAACCUCCAGAGUACAAAUUGAGCGUUGUCGAUGACAAUGGUUCUUAUCUACCGCCCUCACCACCAGAGAAACAAAGCUUUUGGAGCAGAUACCCUGGCUCAAACAGGUCGUCGAAUAACCAUCGAAAUCUUGUCAAUGAAAAUGAGCCAUUCUCGAUAUCUCGCGAGUCGUUUGACUCUUAUCGUCGGUCCUUUGAUAUUUCUGCCCGUUCUCCCGUGAGUUAUAGCGACACAAUGCCAUCCCGAACUUCCCUUGACUCGCGCUUUUCCCGCAUCACAUCCCCUUCUCUGGGACACAACGCAUUCGACAGGCCAGAACCCAUGGAAGAGGAGCAAUUCGAAGACGUCGGGCUUAAUGAUGACGAAGUGAAGCUGCCGCCAAAAAAGAGGGGUGUAUUCUCGCGAUUUGGCGACUUGAACUUUGCAAACUCGAAUGACUCCCAGUCUUCAGCUGGCUCGAAAAUCUCGUCUUCAUUUGGCUUUCAUCUUCCGGGGAGGAAACGAGGGCAGAGCGGUGCGGGGUCUGAGCUAGGCACGGUGAACCCACCAUCUGUUGACCCUAAUGUAAAUGAACAGUAA